AUGAAGGGCUACUUCAUAUUCUUCGUUCUUCUUCUCUUGACCAUCACGACCGAGCUGGCCUUCGGCGAUUGCUUGUCAGGGAAAUACGGGGGUCCUUGCGCUGUGUGGGACAAUGAAACCUGCCGUAGAAUUUGCAAGGAAGAAGGAAGAGUCAGCGGGCAUUGCAGUCCCAGUUUGAAGUGCUGGUGCGAAGGUUGCUAAAAGUGAUCUUCUUCACGCCGGAUUAUAAUUAGUUUAUUUUAAGAAAUGGGUUCCCAUUA